AUGGCUGCUUCUGCAAAAACUCUCAUUUGUGAAAAGGCCAACCCAACUGAAGAGUGGACAAUUGUUUUACCUCGUCGUGGCAGACAGAGAAGGUAUUUACCCAAAGUUAUCACACCAAAACAACAAGAAGAACAAUCAUGGGCUCCGGUUGAUCUUGAAACCAAUCCUGAAAGAGAAUUAAAAUUGAUGCAGAAGAUGCAACUCUGUAUUCAGAAACUGGAGAACUCUCCGUUCUUCCAUACACUUUUGGAUCAAAUCCUUACUCCCGAAAAUUUGGAUCGCUUUUUUAAGGUUUUAGGCGAAGAAUUAAAUAUGCAGAUGGUGAUAUAUGGUUUAGGUAGCAUUGAAUCAUUUGAGCCCCCUCGUUUGCAGCUUAGCCUCGCAAUUGUGCUGAAGCGAAAGUUCAGUUGGAUUGGGGACAUUGAGGUGUUUGAUCCGAUUAUUUCAUUGACAGAAGCUAGGGUUUUGGAAGCUCUCGGCUGUUCUGUUCUAUUAGUCAAUGAACAUGGGCGACGACAAGCUUUGAGACCAAUGCUGUUCUUCAUGCCACACUGUGAGGCAGAGUUGUAUGACAAUCUGCUGCAUGCCAAUUGGAGAGUCGAUCUGUUGAAUCGCAUAGUGCUGUUUGGGAACAGCUUUGAGGCAUAUGAACAACAAAUGUCAAUGUUCAGAAACUCAACUGUUGCUGAUUCAAGGAAGCACAUCUUGGCUUCUAGGAGGUUAACAAAAGAGCUUGGAAUUAAUACCUCUUCAGACGAUUUUUUUCGAGCUUUUCAUGGUUCGGGUUGGCAUUUUUUUACCGUCGGUCAUGAGGCAGACCUUCAUCCUGUUGGAUUUGAUUUACAGCUUCAUUCUAAAUCACAGGCAUCUAUUGGCAGAAAUGACUCCACAAGAUUAUCAAUAGACCAGCUUUUGAUUAAGCCUUAUGUGUUGCCACUCACUUUGAAGUUGGGAAACUGUCCUUUGAGCAAGGGAUGGCUUUCUUGUGGUGGUGGUUGUGAUGGUAUCUGGUGUUUGGGGGCGGUGUUGGUGGGUGAUUGUGUGGUUUUCAUCAUGUUGGUAGUGGUGUGCAUUUUGGUGUUCCAAAUCCAGCGGCAAAGAUCAUCCUUAGCUUUCUCUCACCACCACCAUCGCCGCCACCAAUCGCAGCAAAACCCUAAUAUUUACAACCCCCUCCCUAAAAAAAACCUAAUUUCUAAAAGUUUCUUCAGUCAAUAUCCUCUCGAUUCUCUAUACCCAUCACAAAAACCGUAUAAUUUUAACCUCAAAGACCCCGGAAAAAGCCGGAAAACCCCUAAUUUUAACCCUAAACACAUCGGAAAAGGGCUGAAAGGCCCAGUAUUAGUCCUAGAAGCUCCAAAAGAACUCAAAUUCCCUGUACAUAUGGCUCGAUUAAGCAACGAAUUGGAAUUCUCGGAAAACCCCAAGGCCAAGCCAUCGAUCUUCAAUCGAUCGGUAACUAUGCACGCAACCUCUACCGAAUUCCCCAAACAGCCUGUCCUCUCCGUCUCUCUGGAACGCACCGGUUCAAUCAAGAAUUUCUACAAUUCGUCUUUUGAUUCUGUCAAGGGCAAGGUUAGAAUGCUCCGUUCUUUGUUCGAAUCCCCAAAACCACCAGAUUCGCCCACCCAAUUCCCACCCCAAUCACCAUCAAAAUCUGCAAAAUCGGUUGAUUCUAAUUCUCGGGAUUCUGGGUUUUCACAUGACAAUUCAAUUCUAUUACCAGGCACAGAAGAUCGAGUGGUUGUGUAUUUCACGAGUUUACGGGGAAUUCGGAGGACCUAUGAGGACUGUUGUGCUGUGAGGAUGAUAUUGCGGGGGUUUAGGGUAAAUGUGGAUGAGAGGGACAUUUCAAUGGAUUCAGGGUACAAGAAAGAGUUACAAAAUGUAUUGGGUGAGAAGAAUGUGUUUUUGCCACAAGUGUUUGUAAGGGGGAAAUAUAUUGGAGGGGCUGAUGUGAUCAAACAGCUACAUGAAGUGGGUGAAUUGGCUAAGAUUCUCAAAGGGUUACCUGUUCGAGCACCAGGGUAUGUGUGUGAAGGAUGUGGGGAUGUGAGGUUUAUGCCCUGCGCGAAUUGUAAUGGGAGUAGGAAGGUUUUUGAUGAGGAUUAUGAGCAGUUGACGCGGUGUCCCGAGUGCAAUGAGAACGGGUUGAUAAGGUGCCCAACUUGCUGUUCUUGA